AUGGAGCGGCGGGGCGCGAGCGCGGAGCCGGGGAAGUGCGCCGCGCCGCCGCCGCGGGCCAGGUUAACACUGGCAAGACCAUGGGCUAAUAUAUAUGCUGGUAAGUCUUCCAAUGAGAUCGGGAUGUGCGACAGCCAUGGAUGUGGUAAGUACACUUCUCAAAGAAAUCACAGCCCUCAAUCGAGUGAGGAGAUCUUGCACUCUGAUGGAUCUGUUGUGUCUGCACCUUUUACUGGGAAGAUUGUGGACCAGGAGAAACCUUAUAAACACAAAAAUGCUAUCAACAAUGGUGUUCAGAUAACUUGA